UCCCCUUCUCUCCUCACAGGGGGAGCACAAGGAGCCUCCGCUUCAGAGAUGCUGCCGCUGCUGCUUCCCCCGCUGUGGGCAGGGGCCCUGGCUCUGGAGGGCACAUUGCAGCUGGAGGUGCCGGGGUCGGUGACGGUGCAGGAGGGUCUGUGUGUCUUCGUGCCCUGCACUUUCUUCUACCUGAGGCACCUCUUCAACGAGAUUGGACUUGCUCGUAGCUACUGGUUCCGGGAAGGAGACAAUCCUCUACGGGAUGCUCCAGUGGCCACAAAUGACCCUGCUCGACAAGUGCGGGAGGAGACGCGGGGUCGAUUCCGCCUCCUGGGUAAUCCCAGGGAGAAAAACUGCUCCCUGAGCAUCAGAGACGCCAGGAGGAGGGACAGUGGUUCGUACUUCUUUCGUGUGGAGGAAGGAAUGAUGAAAUAUAAUUACAAAGAUCACCAGCUCUCUGUGCAUGUGACAGCCCUGACCCACAGGCCCGACAUUCUCAUCCCAGGGGCCCUGAAGUCUGGCCGCCCCAGGAACCUGACCUGCUCUGUGCCCUGGGCCUGUGAGCAGGGGACACCCCCCAUCUUCUCCUGGAUUGGGACCUCUGUGUCCCCACUGAGCCCCACCACAGCCCUCUCCUCAGUGGUCACCCUCAUCCCACAGCCCCAGGACCACGGCAGCAGACUCACCUGUCAGGUGACCUUGCCCAGGGCCGGUGUAACCACGACCAGGACCGUCCAACUUAACGUAUCCUACCCUCCUCAGAACUUGACCUUGACUGUCUUCCAAGGAGACGGCACAGCAUCCACAACCCUGAGAAAUGGAUCAUCUCUUCACAUCCUGGAAGGACAGUCCCUGCGCCUGGUCUGUGCUGUUGACAGCAAUCCUCCCGCCAGGCUGAGCUGGGCCCAGGAGAACCUGACCCUGAGCCCCUCACAGCCCAACCCCGGCAUGCUGGAGCUGCCUCAAAUGCACCUCAGGAAUGAAGGAGAAUUCACCUGCCGAGCUUGGAACCCUCUGGGUUCCCAGCAAGUCUCCCUGCGGCUCUUUGUGCAGAGGAAAUCAGGGUCCAUGGCAGAGGUGGUUCUGGUGGCCAUUGGGGAGGCUGCUGUGAAGAUCCUGCUUCUCUUCCUCUGCCUCAUCAUCCUCAGAGUGAAGUCCCACCAGAGGAAGGCAGCAAAGGCAGCUACAGGUGUGGAGGCUGCAUAGGUUGUCAAAGGUUAAUCUCUCAGGCCUCCAGACUCUGCUUCCAGAUGCCUCCUCGUUCAGUGCCUCCACAGUAUGAAUGGCGGUACUUCCUCUCCACUACUGGAGAAUGAGGUGGAAACACCACAGCCUGGACUGAAGGCCCUACGUGGUCUGCCCCUGCUGGACUUUGCUCCCAGAUGGUGUGCAAAUCAGAAAAUGCUCAAUAUAGUUACUCAUUUGAUGAAUGCAAAACCAAACUGCAAACGAGAUACUACUUCACACUUAUUAGGAAGGCGUUAAAUAAACAAAUAAAA